AUGGUCCUUGCGGACAGAUGGAGGACGCUGAUUGUGGCCACCGCUGGUAAUUUUUUUGGAAUCCCCAAUCAGGAUGAAUCAAAAACAGAACAUGUUUCUGUCCUCGAAAAGUUUUUGGAUCAAUCAAGUUGCAGGACUUUGUGUGCACAUCCAAUUUCUGAAAACUUCGAUGAAAUUUCUCUCAAAUUAACGAAUGAGCUACCAGUUGGAAAAAACACUCUAGUAUUUUUCAAGAUAAAGGAAUCUGCAGUCACAGAGGAAAAUUUCCAUGAACUGGUCCAAGUUUCAUCAACAGGUAAAAAUGGGGGCUCAUCACUUAUUGAAGCCCUUCGUCAAGUUUGGGCCCCAACUCUUAAAUCUUCAGGAGUGGAUGCAUCCUCCCUAAAAAGAUUAGAGGAGGAUAUUUUGGGUCCAAGGCCCUCAACAUCAAUCGAAGAAGAGGAAUUAUUUUGGCACCGAAAAUCAAAGGAUGUGAAAAAAAGCGACGAAAGGAAGCUUUAUCAACAAGCUACUAGCUUUUUGAAGAAAAUUAGGGUAGAACUUGAAACUGCCGCUGUUUCCAAAGAAGGUCUUGCUGGUCUGGAUGAAACUCUCGAAGUGGCUUCUGGAUUCGUGGAUGAUCUUUGGAAACUAAAGGGUCAAGUUUAUAGUGAGGAACGUAUGAAAUCGCUAUUAGAUAUUGUUGGAAACGAACUUGUUAUUCUGGUUGAAAGCCUCAUCACUGGGGUAAAAACUUCAGAAGGACGAGUAAUGGACGAAAUUGUUGAACUAGGGGCCACAGCUUGCACCAAAUGGAUCACCGUAUCCAAAAGAUUUACAGGUUUAUUUUGGCCUCAUCAUUCUCUUCAUCCUUGGAAAGGUCCUGCUUUUUCACCAAAGAAGUGUGCAAAACUAGGAAAACGGUUAAACCAUGUAGGUAAACUUCAAAGUCAACAUCGACAGUUGACUAGAUUGUUAACACCAAAAGAAAGAGCUGGUCUUGGGACAGAUGCGUUACUUCAGAGCUUUGAGGACAUCCAAGGUUAAAUAUUAUUAUUCGAUUAAAUGUGUGAUGAUCAAAAGGAUCUUGAUUGGGAAAGAUUAAAACGAAAAUUCGAAGAUGGUUUGUCACCUGCAGAGACAAAGGUGAUUGAAAAACUAAAGAAUCAAAUAGCAGAUGCGAAGAAUCCUACGUCCAUGGCUGCAGAAUUUAGAAGAUAUAGUGAAUUGAUGAAAAGGGAGAGAAUUAAAAGGGAUCUUCGGAGUGAACGUGAAGCUCUCUUAUCUGCUUUUAGUCACCUUAUAGAAUCAUGUAAAGCUGGACCUGAUACAGAAACUCUUCUAGAUACUCCACCAAUUUUACAAGAAAUUCAAACAGCAAGGGCAUCUGAAUUAAAGUUAGAAUGUUUGCAAAAAUUAGGGAAGGAAUUGUUGUCUGAUUUGCCUAGUUAUGAAGAAGUUUCUGAAAAAGUGAUUGCUGCUUCGAAGGAUGCUGAAAUAAAACGUCAACAACUAGUAGAUUUAUGGGUUUCUGAAACUAUGGAGGCAAUAUCUAAUAAGGAGCUAUCUUUAGGAACAAACUCAUCAGUGGUUGAACUGACUGGAACAAGCAUGAUGAGAGUUAAUUAUGAUCCAAAGUUAACCAGCCUAAUCCGAGAAGCAAGAGCUUUAGCAGGUCAAGGUGUGGAAUUACCAAGAGAAGUCAAAGAUUUGGUAGAACGAGCCAGUUCUUUAGCAAGUCGAGCCAGAGCUCUUCAGCAAAUUGCGAAUUUCCACAACACCAUAGGAGACCGUAUGGUUCCAUCACAGCGACCUUUAAUGUUAUCAGCUGCCUUAGAACUUGCUCGAGCUGUUCAAGAACAAUCUGGAGUUGUCUGGUCUGAUCCUUAUGCUGUUGACGCUUAUACUGCUCGAUUGAAUCGUCUGGUCAAACUCUUUGCUCAGCAGAAUGCCGAACUUGCUGCCAAACAUUCCGCUUUAAGGGAUUUGGUGUCAAAUUUGUUGAAAGGUGAUGCUGUUACCUUAGCAGUGAACCAAAACACCUGGAAAGAUAUAUUGAAAAGCAUGCGAUCAAUUGUUGAUUCUGUGGAUGCUGAGUAUGGAAACACGAAAGUUUGGAAAUUGCACUGGGAUCGUCAGUUGCUGAAAGCUUUGGGUGUUGCUUACAGAGCUGCCCUACCAACACUGCUAAAGAAGUUACCAGAGAUCAAAAUAGAGCUGACAUUUCGUUAUGGAUCUCUGCAAUGGAGACCACCACUUGAAGAAACUCGUGCUAAACUUUACUCUGGAAUUCGUCGAUUUCUAGCAAUUCCAACAAUUUUCAGAGGUGUUGGGAAUAACGCUGAUGCAGAAUUUCAUACCUUAGUUCAAAGAUCUGCCUAUCUCUAUGGAGCAGUGUACAAACAAGCUGAAAAUGUUCUCAACGCUCUGGAAGAUCUUCGAUGUAAAUGGAUACCUCUUGCUGCACCAGCUAAGAUUGACGCUGGAAAACAACUUAAAGGAAGAAGUCCACAUGAGUGGGAAAGAUCUUUCAAAGAAGCGAAGCAGUGGGCACAGGAAGUUGGAAAACUAAGAGGUAGCGAUGUCAAGAUUUGGUGCAUUGUUGUUGAUACAGCAACUGCUCGAAAUGAUUUAGAAUCAGCAUCUCGAAGAUAUUGGGAAAGAAUGUCUUCUGAUUUACGUACAGAAGCAUCAUCGAGAUUGGUAGCCAUUGUAGAAUUCUUAUCAUCAUCCGCUAGAGAAUUGGACAAAAGGCCCCAUAAUAUUGAGGAAAUCGGUUUGGCUUAUGAAGCUUACUCUCGGAUCCAGGAAGAAGCUCAAGCAACUGCUCAAGAAUUUGAAGCCGUAACUGGGCUUUCUAGAGUUUUGGCUGCUUGGACAAGAGAAAAGUUAGAAGGAAUCAGUGGUGCACAUGCGGUAUGGGAAAGUCUGACAGAGCGAUUGGAAAGACAUCAAGCAGUUAUGACUCGUCAAGUAGAGGAUGCUAAAGUGAAUCUUCGUCACCGAGCGAUAGCCCUACGCGAUGAUAGAGAAAGGUGGGAAAGCAAAUGGUUAUCUAAGCCUGAAGAUAUUACUCUCGAUUGGCUUAAUUCCAUGAAGGAACGAUGGGCAACUCUGAAGGAACUAAAGGAUUCCCUUAAGUCUGAUUGUCAAAGGAUAAGUCUUGAACUAAAUGAAAUUCUUGAAGAAGAUUCAGAUAGUUUCGAAACUUUGGAAGCUCAACUCGAAGCUGAGGAGUUGAAUUGCAGGUUCCAGUCAGAGUUUUUUGAUGAGUUAAAGAAGCAAGAAGAUGAGGAGUGGUCUAUCGCUAGAAGGAGACUUCCCAGACUUCAUGAUUGGUUAGAUUCUUGGGAGGCAAGACUCCAGUUGCAUACCAAGAAUACAAAAAUAAGUGAAAACAAAAUUCAAGAAGACAUUGCUAGUAAUGAAUCUUUUGUUAAGAAAAAAAUCAGGGAGAUUAGGAAAGGGAUUGAGUGGAUCCAGUUUCUUAAGGGAGAUGAUUUGGCAGAAGAACAUUGGGCGGAGUUAAAACCAAUUUUGAAAUUGAAAAAUAUAAUUAAUCCUAGGGAUAUCACCCUAGGACACUUACUGAGAUGUUAUAAAGAAAUUGAAGAAAAUGCAGAACAUGUUAAGGAAGUUGUCAGGCGAGCUGCCGCUGAAAGUGGAAUUCGUCAAGCUCUGAUUGAGCUUGAAACGUGGGAAGGGUCAACAGCAUUUCCACUGCAAGGAUCAACUGACAGCAAAAAUGUUAAAAUUUAUUUAAUUGGAGAAUAUGGUCCUCUUUUGGCAAGAGCUGGUGAACUGAGACUUUUGUUAGAAGGAGCUAAAGGUGCAUCAGGUUAUGAGAGGUUUGCAUCCCGAGCUGCUAGAUGUGAAGCUGCUCUCUACGAGUUAGAAGAAAGAAUAAAAGUACUCAGCAUACUUCAAAGAAAAUGGGUUUAUCUAGAACCAAUCUACGCAGGAGGGGCUUCACCAAACGAUUCUGGUAGGUGGUUAAGAGCUGACAAGGAGUUCAGAUAUAUGAUGAAUGAGAUAGUUAAAGAUCCCAGAAUACCUUCUCUGAGAAAGCUUCCGCUACCAGCUCUUACGAAUUUAAAAGACCUUUUAGACAGAUGUCAAAGAAGUCUUGAUGAGUUCUUAGAAGAAAAAAGAUCAUCAUACCCACGAUUAUACUUUUUGAGUGAUGAGGAUCUGCUGGAAUUAGUAUCGGGAACAGGAAAAGGCCUUGAAGCUCAACUGCCCAAACUGUAUCAAGGUGUUGGUUCAAUCGAGAGGGAAAAGAACACGAUAAAAAGUAUUAUCUCUCCUGAAGGUGAAAUUCUGAAACUGCCGCAACCUGUUGAUACGACUGAUUCUCUUCCACAAUGGUUGACAAAUCUUGAAGAAGGAAUGAGGAACGCUUUGCGUCAAAAUCUCUCUAAGUGUAUUUCUGACUCUGGCGCAGGUCCUUCAUCUUACCCAGCUCAAAUCCUACUCCUUUCUGGACGAAUCCUCUUCACAGAGAGAUGUGAAGCUGCUAUGAAGGAAGGAAAGAAUUCAGUGAAGAAGCUUGUGGAAUACUUGGAAAAUCAAAGAGCAAAGUACAGAGGUUUGGAAGAUGUUGGAGAUAAACUGACAGCUUUAAAGGUGCGGUGCCUUCUUUUGGAUACAGUUCAUCAUCUCCAAGUAACUAGAACUAUUCUUGGAAUCAUUACGGACAAAGAAAGUGUUGCUUGGACAUGGAGCAGGCAACUAAGAAGCUAUAGAAGAGGGAAUGGAGCAGUUAUCAGAUGUGCUGGAUCAGAAUUUCCUUAUCGCUUUGAAUAUCAAGGAGCUGCUCUUAGCCUGGUUCGAACUCCUUUGACUGAAAGAUGUUUCUUAGCACUAACCCAGGCUAUGAAACUUGGUCUUGGUGGAAGUCCUACUGGUCCAGCUGGUACUGGAAAGACUGAGAGUGUUAAAGCUUUGGGCGCAAUUUUAGGUCGUCUUGUUAUCGUCUUCAAUUGUGAUGAAGGCAUGGAUGCUGGAAGUAUGCGUCGAAUUCUGGGAGGUCUUGCACAAGCUGGUGCUUGGGGUUGCUUCGAUGAGUUUAAUCGCCUCGAGGAAGAAACGUUGAGUGCUGUAGCGAUGCUAGUGAGACCACUUCAAGAAGCCGUUAGAGACGGAUUAAAAACCGUAGCUUUAGGUAAUCAAAAUGUUACUCUGGAUCCACAUUGCUCUAUUUUUAUUACGAUGAAUCCUGCCAGUAGUGAUUAUGGUGGUCGACAUAAGUUACCGGAUUCAUUGGCUCGAUUGUUUAGGCCGAUUGGAAUGGCUCAUCCUGAUAAGACUAACAUCGUCCGGGCCAUGCUAGAGUGUGCGGGUUUUCUAGAGGCUUCUAGUUUGGCUAAUCAGCUGGUUCAGACGAUGGAUAUUGCAGAAAAGUUGUUGUCAAAACAGCCGCAUUAUGAUUGGGGCCUUAGAGCCUUAAGGUCGGUUUUAGAUGCUAUUUCAUCUCAUGGUAAAUUCGCAGAUAUGAAUGAAAGUACCAGACUACUAAUUGGUAUCAAGACAUCUACACUACCUAAGCUAACUGAACAAGACACGUCCAAGUUUCUUGCUUUAUUAAAUGACGUAUUUCCAAAAAUGAACCUAUCUUUGGCUGAUUCAACAGAGAGGCCAGAUUUGCAGAUUAGCUUAAUGGAACUUUGUGAAUCGCGGGGCUUGCAAGAAGAUCUAGUGAGCAGAUGUAUCCAGUUGAAUGAUCAGUUACGAAGUCGAACUGGUGUCGCGAUAGUUGGACCACAAGGAAGUGGAAAGACUUUGGUAAGGACGAUGUUAGCUGAAGCUUUAGCAAAAUUAGGAGAAACAGUUAAACAAUUUAUAGUUUAUCCUGGAGCAGUUACAAAGUCUAAGCUCUUAGGAAAAGUUGAUCCUCAAACGAGGGAAUGGAAAGAGGGUUUAUUGGCAAAUGCAGUAUCAUCAGCUGGCGAACAAUCAACGUGGAUUGUUUUAAAUGGUGAUGUAGAACCUGGAUGGGCAGAGGCUUUAAACUCUGCCUUAGAUGAUAAUCGUAUACUGACACUUCCGAACGGUGUUGGUAUGAGACUUGGAAGUGGUACUCGUUUCAUUUUCGAGACUCAUAAACUUGAUGCAGCAAGUCCUGCAACAGUCUCGCGACUUGGAGUUCUGCACCUGGGGUCGAUAUCUAUUUCUAAUAUAAUUACAGCCAAUCUUCUGGAAGGUCUUUCAACAAUUGCUAAGGAUAUCGCUAAUACCCACUUGUGUAAUGGAAUUCAAGAGGUUUUGAAGAUCAAUAAGGAAUAUUCCUCAGCAUCUGGUUUGAUCAAUGGUGCUCUACCUCAUUUAAAAAAGGCUCAUACCCAAACUUCGGGUACUUACGCACUUUUAGCUUCUCUAUGCAGUCAAAUAGAAGAUUCACAAAGGAAAGAUCAGCUAGCUCGGUUGAUUUAUCAGUGGACAGAUUGUUGGUGUCCUAAUCCAAAGAACCCAUUUUCUGUUUUGUAUAUUCCAGAAACGGAUCAUUUGGAACCUUUAGGACACUCCACCAAAUCAAAAACAACUGAUGCUGGGCCAGUCUAUAUUUCUGGGUCUAAUCAAAGAGCCAUAGCAAUAGUUUUGCCUUGGAUAGAAAGCAACCGAUCGGUUUUAAUUCGUGGGCCGGAUGGAUGUGGAAAAACUUCUCUGAUAGCGGUAAUCUCAUUAUCUAUUAGAGAUAGUGCUGGUGAAUCCUUGUCUGUAAUAAAAGGGUCUUCUCUUUAUGGUUCUCGAGACCUAAUUGCAAGAAUUAAAAGGGCUUGCGUUCAGGUGGAGUCAUCCUCACAAGGGAGAACUUAUCGACCUAGAAAUGGUUCUCGAUUAAUAUUGAUUCUAGAAGACUUACACUUAGCAUCUAAGGAAUUACAAGAACUUGUCAGAGAAUUACUCCAAGAAGGAGGAUUUCAUGAAGAUGACUUAGAGUUUGCCAGUGUUCCUUUAACCGUUGUCUGCACAGGAGACUCACGCACUAAAGUUCACCCAAGGUUGAAUGCUCUAUUGAUGACACAUUAUCUACCUCGUCAAACAAACGAGGACAUGAUAUCCAUUGUUGAACUGCACCUGCGAAGUGCUUUAAAACGUGAUGAUGUUAUGGUUCAAUCCUGGGUCACUAGAAUAGCUCCAGCAAUGGUGAAAGCAUUUGAAACGAUAUGUCCUCAAAAAGAAUCAUCUUCAAUAUGGUCCUAUAAGGAUUUAGCCAUUUGGUCAGAUUCAAUGAGAUAUUAUCCAAUUGCUGAAAAUGAAGAUGCUAUUACAUCUCAUCUCUUGUUCUCAGGACGGCAACUGUUUCAACCAAGAUUAAAUGCGACAGAUUUACAACGUUGGGAAUCUGUUAUAGCUUCUAGGGUACCAAAUAUUAAGAAUACGGAUGAUGUUUAUGUUUGGAAAGCAGGAACUGUUGGAUUGACACCCAUGGAGCGAGAAUUGUGGAAGAAUGAGAUAGAAGGAGCUGCUGCUAGAUGUGCAAGGCAAGGGGAACCUUUGCAGGCUGCAAUUUCAUCACAUCUUUUGCAAGUAGCUGCUGGAAUCAGCUGGGCAUUGGGAAAUGAACAACGUGGAAUUAUUCUCUUAGGUCGACCUGGUGCUGGUCGAAAAUCUGCAGUCAAAUUAGUCAGCACCUACUCUUCAAUGCAUAUAGUGUCUUUUGGACCAGGUAGAGGUAGAGGAGCGAUCAAAGCAGCCGUUCAGUCAGCCGCAAUAGAUGGGGAUUCAACAAUACUUCUAUUGGAAGAACAUCACAUCAGGGAAGAGGGUUUGGCCAUUCUUGCUAAUGCUGUCAUAUCUCAAGGAGAAAUUCCCGGAUUGCUGACUGCAGAAGAACUGGAUGGUCUAGUUGCUCCAUUAGCUGAACUAGCAAGAACGGAAGAUUUUUCUGGAACAUUAGAGCAGUAUUUUUAUCAUCGAUUACGAACUCUCCUGCGAGUGAUAGUUGUCCUAGAUGUUAAUGACAUAAAUGCUUCUUGGUUGAGUCGAUCAAGUCUUCUGCGACAUUGCAUAUUUGUUGGUCAGGGACCAGGGAAAGAAUGGUGGUCCUCGGAGGUUUCAUUAAAUGAAUUGGCAAUAUAUCAUAGUGGAGGUGAGAAUGCGGCACAGGAGAAAUCAUCUGGCGUGCAGGAUGUUAUUAAAGUUCAUUUGCAAGCACCUCAUAAACAGCAAGCUCCUGCGAGAUUUUUAGCUUCCCUAAAUAUUUGGACGCAUCUUCGUGAAAAGUGGACGAAGGAAAUCAAGGAGAAGCUUCAAAGUCUCGAAGCUGGGAUAAGUAGACUGAAAGAGGCUGGAGAUCGAGUUUCUAAGUUAGAGGAGGAAGCUGGCAAGCAGCGAGAAGAAUUGGAAGUGGAAAAAGGACGUGCUAACGCAGCUUUGGAGCAAAUUACUGCAACAAUGCGAGGAACUACUGGCCAAAGGGGAGAGAUGACGACCUUGAAAGCUGAAACGGAACGAGAGAGUGCAGAGUUGGCACGUCGAAAAUCUGAUAUUGAAGGUGAACUAGGUAAAGUGAAGCCACUGGUUGAACAAGCUGCUCAAGCAGUUGCUGGAAUUGGCACUGAUGCACUCUCGGAAGUUCGAUCGUUGAGGGCACCACCAGCUCCAGUUAGGGAUGUUCUUGAAGGAGUUCUAAGAUUGAUGGGAAUUAGAGACACUUCCUGGAACAGUAUGAAGAUUUUCUUGGCUAAAAGAGGAGUUAAGGAUGAAAUAAGAUCAUGGGAUGCAAGACGCAGUACACCCGCGAGUCUAGAAGCUGUUGAUAAGUUGAUAAAGGAACGUCCUGACAGCUUUGAAGAAAAGACUGCGAAGCGAGCUUCUGUUGCAGCUGCUCCAUUAGCUGCUUGGGUUUUGGCAAAUCUUCAGUAUGGACAAAUUCUGCAACAGGUUGCUCCUUUAGAAACAGAGCAGAGAGUGUUGGCAGGGCGUCUAGCAGCUGCUGAAGCUGAACUUGGAAGAUUGGCUGAAGGUCUUAACACUGUGGAGAGCAAAGUAGCUCAACUUCAAGAACAAUUAGCAGCUCAUUCGAGAGGAGCUGCUGCCUUACAAUUAAGAACCGAAGCUACUGAAGCUAGUUUAGCAAUUGCGAGAACACUUCUUCAGAAACUGGAUUCUGAACACAGUGACUGGCAAAAGCAAUUUGAAGUAUUGUCUGCAAGGAAAAUGAUUUUGGGUGCUGAAGCAGCGAAUGCGGCUUCACUUUUGGUUUAUCAAGAUCCCAGUAAAGAUGAUCAUUGGAGAAGGUCCGUUUUGGAUCUUUUGAUUGAUGAAAGGGAGCGUCUUCUCUGGAGAGCUCAGGGGCUGCCAGUUGAUACAGGAAGUUUAGUCGGAGCAGCUUGUGCGUUAAAAGGACCUCUUGUACCUAUGUUUAUGGAUUCUUCUGGAGUAGCUGUUUCUUGGUUAAGAUCGAAUGUGGGAUCUAAACUGGAAGUUACAAAACCUGAUGAUACUAAAUUCGUAAUGACGGUAGAACUAGCAGUUCGAUUUGGAAAACCACUUUUGGUAGAGGAAAUAGUAGAAAUACCUUCUAUCUUGCUUCCACUUCUUCGACGAAGACCUUUACGACUAGGUGACAGAGUUUUACCAGCGCAGGAGGGUUUUCAGUUAUUCCUAGCCACUAGGAGAGAUCUCCUUGAUGAAAUAUCAAACUCAGAUGAUGCGGUUUUAUUUAAAAUCACUCUUGGUGCUGGAACCAGAAGCCUAGCAGAAAAAUUCAUUGAAAAAGUAAUCCUAAAGGAGACUCCUGAGAUACAAGCUCAGCGAAGGGAAGCUUUAGAGCGUGAAGAGAAAUUAUCUGGUGAAAGGGAUGCUGCGAGAUUAGAUCUCUUGACUCAAUUGGGAGCUGCAAGGGGCCAAGAUCUUCUAGAGGAAUCACAGGGACCUCAAGGUGGAUUGCUAUCAUCUCUUGAAGCUACCCAAUCUAAGGCUAAGGAGAUUGCUCUUGCACUCGAAAAAAGUCGUCACAGUUUUGAAGAUGUUACAAGAAGAAUGAAAGAACAUGAAAAACUAGCUAAGUUCGCUGCAAGCUUCUUCAAAACUGUCAAGUUUUUGAGUUCCUUGAGUCCUCUUUAUGUGUUUUCGAAUGAAGCUUUGACUGAUAUUUACCUUGAAACGGAGAAAGAUAGAAACUCGUUAAAAUCAGAUGAUAAAGUUGAGAGAGAUAAAUACCUAGAAAAAAGUCUCGUAGCACUGACGCUUCAUCAUUGCACCAAAGCUGCAUACAGAAAACACAGGCUUCCAUUGGCUCUGCAUUUAGCUUUAUCAGUAACUCCAGUUUCCGAAGCUGAACGAAAUUUACUUUUGAAUGGAGGAGGCCUGGCUGCAGGGAGUACGGCAGAUUUUAAAACACCUGAGUGGAUUCCUGAGGAGAGGAAACCAGCUGUUAGGGCUCUUACAUCCACUCUACCUCAGAUAGCGUCAAAGAUGAAAGCAGUUUGGUUCGAGGAUAUAUCUCACAUUUACGCUGAUAAUACUGUAAGCCCCUUUGAGAAGGUUUUAGUCAUCCAGGCUCUUCGUCCUGAUCAUCUUCAUACGGCUCUAUCUAAAUGGGCAUCUGAACAGUUGGGUGUUCGAAGUUUAGCACCACCAGCCUGGACUUUAAAAAUGGUAGCAGAAAAUUCAGGAACCUAUCCGGUAUUACUUUUGUUGUCUCCAGGAGCAGAUCCUGGUCCAGAAUUAAAUGGACUGGCUUCGAAUCACGUGGCUCAGUCUACAGGAUUUAUCGAAAUAUCUUUAGGUUUGGGUCAGGUGGCUCAAGCUGAAGCUGCUCUUGAAGCUGCUUGUAAGAGCGGAAGCUGGAUCUUACUGAGUAACCUCCAGUUGGCUCUAAACUGGCUUCCUCGUUUGGACAGUCUUUUACGCUCGCCAAUGUGUACGACUCAGAAAAAUCCUAGUACCAGAAUAUGGCUCACGACCGAAGAAUGUACUGGAUUUUAUUCAGGCCUUGCUGGCCUUUGUUUUAAGUUGGCUUACGAACCUCCGGAAGGAGUUAAAAGAAAUGUGAGACGAUCGCUUCAACAACUUCAACGGCGACAGUCAGAGCUUGGAAAUGUGAAGAAGACGAUUCUUCUUUCUUGGCUUCAUGCUAUUCUUCAAGAAAGAAGAAAAUUUGUUCCCCAGGGUUGGAUUAAAGAAUACGAAUGGUCUGAAGCUGAUCUUGAAGCAGCUUGUGAACUAGUAGUAAAGACAUCAUCUGGAGAUCAUGAUGAUUGGGAAGCAGGAAGGGGUCUUCUGGAUGUUGCAGUUUAUGGAGGGCGUAUGCAAGAUGAUUAUGAUAUGCGAGCUCUGAGAGCAAUUUUAAGAAACGUUUGGUCAAAGGAAGUCUAUAAAGGUCGUCGACAACUAGGUGGUCUUCUCAACAUUCAGGAAGCGGCACUCGGAGACCCCAUACGUGCUGUUGAUCGUCUUAAUGAACUUGAGGCUCCUCAGGAAUAUUUUGGAUUACCUGCCAAUGCUCACAGGAUUUGGGAAAAAUCUGCAUCUGAAAGAGCCUUAGUAUUAUUGAAAGAUAUUGUGAUGAGAGCCCAUUGUACGAAAGAAGACAGAACAGACCGAAAGAUGGAAACAAAAAUUGAGAGGGAUUUGAAGAACUUGAUAGAUCAGACACUAUCUAAAAUCUUAAAGAGUAGUCCUGAUGAAAGUAAAAAUCCAUUGGAAAGUUACUUUAAAGAUGAGAGACGUCUGACUACAAGAUUGUUGGAAAUCAUUCAGGGAAAUAUGGAUUCUCUGCGCUCGAAAGGCGCUCAGGUCCCUAAAGGUUGGAUCUCUGAAUGGGCAUCAGGUCCAAUGGAAAUUGUACCAUUUGUGAAUGCAUUAUUAUCUAGGCAUCAAGCCUUACAUUUGCUAGGUUCUGAUCUUCCUCCAAGGGUUAAUCUCUUCUGGUUUGCACGCCCUAGAGCAUUUCUGGCUGCAUUGAAACAAUACACAGCAAGAGAAUCAGGACAUCCUAUAGAAAAUCUUCGUCUUCGAGCUAACUGGUCUGAAGGAUCAAAAAUGGAUGAUUGGAAAACUUCAAUCGUUAUUGAUGGUCUCCUCUUAACAGGUGCAGCAGUAAAGCAAGGCAUUCUGAAGGAACUUGCAACCGAUGAUGCACCAGUUGUGGCAGUUCCAAGCUGUCAAAUUGCAUACCUACCUUUGGAAAAUCUGGAGAAUCUGGGAGAAGAAAAUUGGAAGAUGGAUAUAGAGUUACAGUCUGAAAAUAAGAAUUGUUUGGAGGUUCCUGUAUAUACAGAUUCUCAAAGAAAUUUACUGAUAUGUUCACUUCCGGUUGGGUAUCCUAAAGAUGAGAGAGACACUUGGCUUCGUCGAGGGAUAGCUUUCCACUUAAGAUCGUCUUAAAAAGCAACUUUCUGGUAUUAAAUAUUUAGUGGGGAAUGAGAUAUAAUUUGAAAGGUUUUGAAUGAAACACUCAUUUGCUAUCGUAAAGUGCUUUAUUCUCGUAAAAUUUAAUAAACUUUAGAGACGAAUUUUGUUAAUUGAAGAAAAUAUAGCGGUUUAAUAUCGUAGUAACUAUAACGAGUACCAUAAAUAGAUAUAUAAUACGAAGUACGUUGAGAUUCCAUUGGAAAGUACCGAGUCAAUUUGUCGCCCAGCGAGUCUCGCCUUUCCGACAAACUUUGAAUGAUCGAUGAUAAAAUUUCCAAAUCCAAGAUUCCCUGCUGCUGAAAAUUUCAAAUUUUACAGCUUCAGAAAAUCUGGAUCUUAAAAUGACAAUGAUACUAAACUCUAAAAAGAAUUUGCGAUAAUGAACGAAUGGACUUGGUCCUAAUCACAAAAUUGCAACGAUAGUGAACAAUAGUCAUAACAUUGAUAACAAUAACUAUAUUAAUAGAACUAGAUGAAUCGCUUUAAUGAUUCUACUCGAAAAGAUACAGGACGUCUCUCUCUUUUUUAUUACAUUAUACAAUAAUCUCGACAAGCAAUAAAAACAGCAUUAAUAAAAGCGAAUUGCGUCAGUUUCGUGUAAUUGGUUCUGUUUUAUUUCCAGCAGAUUUGUCCAUUUUGUGAAAAAUAUUUUUUUUAUGAAAUUCGGCGUUAAAGGCGUUUGGUGAAACGCGACGCUGUAAUUUUAGGUCGAAAAACAGAGAGUAGAAAAGAAGUGGUCAAACUCUAAGAAGAGUAGAAUAAUAUUUUUCUAUAGUAAUCAAAAAGGACAAUAAUUGUAAUAUAUUAACAUGGCACUGAUGCCAGAAUAAUCGCAAUCUUUUAUGAAGAUAUAUUUAUAAUUGUAUCAACAGGCCGCGUAUUAAAAUACGUGGUGCACAUAAGAAUUAUUAGCUAAGCUUCAUUUACAUUCAUAUCCUUUUUAUUUUGGUGUUGCAGUAAAGAGUCAUAUAGAAAUAGAAGGAACUCGCUUUACCUCCGGAUUUUUCUUUCGCAAAUUGCUCAAGGAUGUUUUCUUAGUUCUUGACAUUAAUAUUAUGUUCUUUGAUAUUGAUCUCCUUGCCGAAAGCGAGUCUUAGAAACGUGAAAAAAAAUUAAAAAUA